AUGGCUUUAGCUGCCGGCCUCGCUCUGGCGACGAUCUCACUUAUUGACCCAACCAUCAAGCUGCUUGACUUCGCCAUUACCUUCGUUCACGAUGCUCGGCACUCCAGCAAGGCUGCCAGCGAGAAUGGUUUGAAGCUGUCGGAGCUCAAGAAUAGAUAUGAUUCUCUUCAAAAGGUCCUUUUCCAGGAAGAAAAGUUCUCGUUCGUCAAAGGCAGACUCUUCGACGCACUUCCGGUGAAGACACAGCGCCUAGGUUUACAUAUGUUCCGCGAAUUUCCUCAGCUACUUUUUGAAUACAACGCAGUUGAAGCUUCGUAUCAAUCGAGCCAGACAUCGUCAGAACUGUCUGGUUCUAGCACAGGUGACAUUUUGAGUUUGGAUGAGCUGCAAAUCAUUUUUGAGAAAGAGGAUGCAAACCAUGAAUUAGUCACGACACCAGAGAUCAGAGUCGGCCGCUGGAGAAGCCUGGUGUGGUCAGCUCGAGGCAAAAAGCGAUCUGAAAGGCUGAUUUCUCAGGUUGAAGACUGGUUGACUCGCAUCAAGAGUCUUCUCGAAGACGUCUGGUGGCCACUUCCAUUCCUUGAGUAUAGUAUCAAUCUCCAGGCUCUAGAAUCAGACAGCGAUGUGCAGGCUGUAGGGUUGGCUGAAAGUGUUGGGUUGAGAAAGCUCCUAGUUGACGAUGCGAAACUUCCAUCUCAAAUGAAGCUUGAAACUCUCCAAUUGGACGUUAGACGCUUCGAUGAUGCGUGCCGGGGUCUAUCCGACUAUGAGGGCGAAACUGUGCUAGUCGAGUAUGCGCCGUAUACCCCGAAUUCAGACGGCUUUUUACCUGGCUUAUUGCGAAGACGCUUCGCCGAACUCGCUUGUCUCCUCAACCAGCAGAAAGACUCAAGGUUCCGAGCCUUACACUGCUUGGGCUAUGUUGAUUCCACCUUUCCUCGCCUCGAAUUCCAAUUACUGUUUCAGCUGCCAACAGUAUCGCUCAAGCCGCCCGCUCAUCUUUUGUCUUUGUACACAUCAAAACAAGUCCAAAAGCCGUCACUAGGAGCUCGGUUUCAGCUAUGUUUCCAGUUGGCCCAGUCGAUGUCGCUAUUCCAUUCGGUAAACUGGAUCCAUAAGAGCUUCCGUAGCACAAACGUCCUUUUUUCCCCCACUAGCAGUGACACGGACCGCAGUCUGGGAAUUGAAUUCACAUCUCCGUUCGUCGUAGGAUUCGAGGCUUCACGCUUAACCAACGACUUUUCUUCUGGUCCAUACGAUAAUUUGCUGUCGCAAAACGUCUACAGACACCCUGACCGUUGGGGCAUUCCCAACAAAACGUUCACCAAGUACCACGAGAUAUAUUCACUUGGCAUUGUUCUCCUGGAAAUUGGGCUUUGGGAGCCAGCUGAGACGAUGGGCGGCAACAACUUUAAAGCUGUGAAGCAAAUCCCUACUGCUAUCAGUGGAGCUUUGCUCAAGCAAGCCGAACGACGAUUAGCUCAUCGAUGUGGCGAAAAAUUCCGUGAAGUGGUAGUGAGAUGUUUAAAAGGCGAUUUUGGGAUUGCGGCUGAUAUGGACGAUAGAUUGGAUUCCGAGCUGCAAGAAAAGUUCAGAAAAUGUGUUUUAGAAAAUUUGGAAGAGCUGGCUACAGUCGUAUAA